AUGUCUCUCUCGGGCUCGGCAGCUUCCAUCCUCCUCCAUGCCUUCGUCCUCACGACCCUUCUCCUCGCCGCCGCCACGGUCUCCACCACGGCAUUUGUCCCGGUGGUCGACAACCGGGACGACGUGAACACGACGAUGUUUACCAACGGCUCCUCGUUGACGUCUCCUAAAAGUGCCGAAAACUGGGAGAUGUACUACUGCUUCCUCUGCACGGGGCGCCACCCGCUGCUCAUUCACUACUGCCCCAUCUACUGGGACGAGUGCCACCUCAACUGUUGGGAUGCCAUUCCCGACGCAUCAGCACCCCCCGCGCCAGUGCCGCCGUCGUCGUCGGUGGGGUCGGCGGCGGCCCACCCCACGGCCACGGUGCAGGGCAAGGAGUGCUACGUCAUGAAGCUGUACAUGUCCGGCCGCUACGUCAUCGUCGAACGCCUGAGCUGCGAUGGCAUCGCCGCGUGCUUCCUCACCUGCGGCGGCGGGGAGCUAGACGAUCAGAAGGUCGCCAUGGGCACCGCCGCCGCCACGGUGCCGGCGACGAUGACGGCCGCAAUGCAGCAGAGGAGCUUUGUGCCUUUCGAGCUGUGCAACACGCAGGUCAAUGCUCUGCGGGCUCCACCAUCAGCAGGCGUCGUCGUCCCGGCUGGUGGUGCACAUUGA